CCUCUGCCUGGUGGCGCCGGGAGGCUGUUUUUCCACUCACUGGCGCGCAGACUCCAUCCCACUGUUUUCUUCUCUCUUUUCUGGAGUUAGUUUAGUCUGAAGCCGCCACCAGCCCCAGGCCCCCGUGCAGAAGAAAAGCGGGAGGGAACUGCGGAGGCCGCCGCUGCCUUGCACCGCCCUCCUGGAGGCCACUUGGAGAGUCCGGCCCCGAGGAGGCCAUGGCCACAAGUGCCCACAGCUGGCCCCAGGGAGCAGUCCUGCCCCUCCCCGAGCCGCCAGUCUCCUGUCGUCACUGAUGUUGGAGGAGGUCCCACUGGGGGUCUGGAUGUGACCCAUCCUUGGCCUGGGGGCAGUGGCCUCAGAAGAUGGCCUGGCCCAUCCUCUGCUCACCACCCACCCUGUGCAGGUAUCUUGUACCCCACUAUGAGCCAGUUUAUGAACCCAGGGCCUCCACAGGGAGCUAAUUAGGAGCCUAGAAGCCAUGAAGGGAAAAGGAUGGGGCAAAGGGGGCUGACUUUAACCCAUUCAUCCCCAGCAGUGAUGCAAACUGCCUUUCCCAGGAAGUUAGGCUGGAAGCUCCAGGCUGUGAAGUGGGGGAAGAAUCAGACUCCUCCUCCUCCUCCUCCUCAUCCUCCUGUUGUUCCUCCUGGUCCUCCUCCUCCAGCUUCUCCUUUUCUUGGAGUCUGCAUGGCCACAUGGCUCUGCCUGAGCCCAUCUGGCAGCCUUCCUUGGCAGGGACGGAAGGGGUGAUCUAGAAGGGGUGAUCCCUCCAUGAAGCAUGGAAGGGAACAGGGCCAGGUCUGUGUCUGGCGCUCACCCCAUCCCUCCACUCCCUGGCUUCCUCUGGCCUGGGGAGUUUUGUUUUUCACCCUCCAGAUGGGGAGGACAUGGGGCCACACCCUGGCCUGUCUCUCAGGCUUGUGUGGGUGGAGGCUGGGAAGGGAGUUGGACUAAACUUCGCUGUUGCCCGAGGCCAUGGCCACUUCCCGGCAGGUUGCCAGCGUCGCUACAGCCCAGACCAAGGCAGAAUAAUCUCCGGAUGAGCUGGUGGCACCGCUGAGCCUUUGGUCUCACCAGGGCUUCCUGUUGCUGGCAGGCGGGGUGGAGCGGGGCUGCUGGGAGGCUGCUGGAUAGGAGACGGGUCACGGCUGUGGAAGAGGAGGUUCUUCGGGACACUCGUGGAUGGAUACGGCAAGGCUGAGACCCUAAGGACACGCCCUGGAUCCAAGGGGUCCCUGGCCCCUCUGCUAAUAUGCGCCACCUGGACUUCCAGAGGGAAAGCCAGUCAGCACCCCACAUGCAUUAGCACCAUGGGCCACCCCCAAGCCCUACCCCAGGAGAAGCUCGUGGUGGCAAAAAGAACCUAAGCAUUUGAGGCAGGUCACCCAAGCUUGAAUCUCAGUCUGCCUCUCAUCUGUGACCCUGGCGAGCCACUCGUCCUCAGGAAGCCUUCACUUUCCCUAGUGCCCGGCGGGCACACAGCUCAACGUGGGACUGUGAGGAUGGGAAAUGAGGGGUGCCAUGCGCCCUGGAGGAACUCAGUGAACAGUGGCAACUGUCACUUCCCUGGGGCCCUGCGGUCCUUCCUUUCUCCCCAGCCUGUCCACACUAGCAUCUUCCUCAACUCCUGGUUUUCAGAGGGAAACACUUAUCGGUCAUCUGCUCCACAGGAAACACCAGGCCAACCACAGCUGGGGAUAAAAUAGCACAACCACACCCUGCCGUCCAGCGCCUCCCAGCCUGUGCCCCUUCCUAGUACCACCAGCAACCAUCAAUCCCGUCUCCUCCUGCCUCCUCUCCUGCAAUCCACCCCGCCACGACUAUCGCCAUGGCAGCCCUGAUCGCAGAGAACUUCCGCUUCCUGUCACUUUUCUUCAAGAGCAAGGAUGUGAUGAUUUUCAACGGCCUGGUGGCACUGGGCACGGUGGGCAGCCAGGAGCUGUUCUCUGUGGUGGCCUUCCACUGCCCCUGCUCGCCGGCCCGGAACUACCUGUACGGGCUGGCGGCCAUCGGCGUGCCCGCCCUGGUGCUCUUCAUCAUUGGCAUCAUCCUCAACAACCACACCUGGAACCUCGUGGCCGAGUGCCAGCACCGGAGGACCAAGAACUGCUCCGCCGCCCCCACCUUCCUCCUUCUAAGCUCCAUCCUGGGACGUGCGGCUGUGGCCCCUGUCACCUGGUCUGUCAUCUCCCUGCUGCGUGGUGAGGCUUAUGUCUGUGCUCUCAGUGAGUUCGUGGACCCUUCCUCACUCACGGCCAGGGAAGAGCACUUCCCAUCAGCCCACGCCACCGAAAUCCUGGCCAGGUUCCCCUGCAAGGAGAACCCUGACAACCUGUCAGACUUCCAGGAGGAGGUCAGCCGCAGGCUCAGGUAUGAGUCCCAGCUCUUUGGAUGGCUGCUCAUCGGCGUGGUGGCCAUCCUGGUGUUCCUGACCAAGUGCCUCAAGCAUUACUGCUCACCACUCAGCUACCGCCAGGAGGCCUACUGGGCGCAGUACCGCGCCAAUGAGGACCAGCUGUUCCAGCGCACGGCUGAGGUGCACUCUCGGGUGCUCGCUGCCAACAAUGUGCGCCGCUUCUUUGGCUUUGUGGCGCUCAACAAGGAUGAUGAGGAACUGGUUGCCAACUUCCCAGUGGAAGGCACGCAGCCACGGCCACAGUGGAAUGCCAUCACCGGUGUCUACUUGUACCGUGAGAACCAGGGCCUCCCACUCUACAGCCGCCUGCACAAGUGGGCCCAGGGUCUGGCAGGCAACGGCGCGGCCCCUGACAACGUGGAGAUGGCCCUGCUCCCCUCCUAAGGAGCUGCUUCCCAUGCUCUUUGUAAAUGGCACUACUUGGUCCCAAACUGAACCCCACUGCUUGCUCACAUCCAUAUCAGAAGGGGAUUUUUAAAAAACUGUUAUCUUCUUGUCCAGGGGAAAGGACCACAAGGCAAUCUGGGGUGUGGACAGACCCAGUAGACAAUGGAAACCCCAGCCAGCAGGGCCAGGUGACAGUGAAGCUCACCAGUGGGCUCCUUUAUGGUACUCUAUGCAGUUAACAUGUGUCUAGCUGCAUAGGGACACCCAGCCCAGCAGUGCACCACUGGGAAGUGGCCUGCAGUGCAGCCUCUGGCCUUAUUUUAUAUAUUUAAAUUUUUGAUAAAGUUUUUCUUACUAAAAGGA